AUGAAACGUCAUCAGGGCCCCAAUAGACCGCUGGAAACACCCCAAGCCCAGUUUAAAACUCCGAGUCGGCCAACGACAAGGGUCUCGAAAAGUACCACAUCGAAGAGGACUGCGUCUCCUCACAUAUUGGGAUCAACAAAUCCCCGAAAAAGAGACUCGUUGUCUAGUUCGCUAGCACAAUCCACUCUCACACAGAUCGACUUUGUGACACAAACAACACAGCCGGACGAUGAAGCACUCGAUUACCUCGAGGAUUCUGGACCGUGUCCCAAUACAAACGACCAACCUGUGCUCAUAAACGAAGAUAGUGAUGAUGGUCCCGACCACAGAUCAUCAUUGCGAUCCCGACCGGGUCGCUCGACAUUCGGAACGGAUAAUGAUAAUCCCAAGAGGCGACGAAAAAGUGUUGGAGUGAAUGGAAGGGGAUCGGAGCAAGGGAACAGCGUACGCAAGAACCAGACCCCUCAAUCCAGCGUUGGGCCCAACAAGAAGCGAAAAUCUUCAGAAAAGCCGACCGCGAAGCGCGAUAAGACCCUUACGCAAAUGGAUUUUGUGCGACGCUAUAUCCCGAUUGAUGAUGACGAUGACAACGACAUGAAUAUGGGAUAUAUACAACCCACGUUCCAGAGAAACAUACCCAAGGAUAUUAAAACGAAAGGCAAACAAAAAAUUACCGAUAAUGAGAGUCGACCAACGCCUAGCUCCGUUAAACGCAACCGCCGAUUCCCAGAAGUAGAGCUGGAUCUUUCAACAGGGGAGCCCAUAUCCGAUUCGGGAACCAGUCAAGCGGCAGAAAAUGGCAACAUUCUGCAUGAUGGGGCGAUGGUUGAUGGCCCGGUAACGCCACAAAAGCGAAAAAUCGAGAUUCCAUCUUCUCAAUCGCCAGAAAGCCCUGGGCUGGCCAUUAUUACAUCAUCCCAAUUUCGAACUGCGACCCAUUCGACCUCGAAACAAAAGAUUCGAAAUUUCGCAUAUGGACAAGAUAAUCACAUAAAGGAAGAAUCUCCCAAGUCUCCACAACGAGUGGAGGACUCGCAGGGCCAGGGACAUGGAUCUCCUGAGAAAACCCCCACAGCUGGCGCCAGCCAACGUCCUACAUUUGCAGAGAGGCUGGCUUCAUGUGCACCAUCUACUGAAUCGAUGGCCACUCCCAGACCGACAUCAAAUGUCCAACAGUCAAAAAGAACCGAACGACAGAGGACAGUGGUUUAUGAAACUGAUGCUGAAACUGACCAAAGCGGCUCGGAGGAUAACGCGAACGAUGGCCCUACAACACCGUCUCGAUCAGAUGAAUGUCAAGUCCAUGACACCCUUAUAAGCAACCAUAUUCCAUGGUCGUCUCUCGUCGAUGACUCGCAAGAACUUCCUUUGCCGAAUGUCCAAUCCUCAGACAAUCAAGAUGAUGACCCAGCGUCUGAAGCCCCAAUGUCGGAUGCUUCAUUGUACUACCAGAGAAUGCAACCGGCUACACAGUAUCCACAUGGAUCCAUUCCGUCACUCAAUACCCAAAGACUAUCUGAACUAUUCCCGAACGAAGGGUCCACACAAUAUGUCAAGUCUGCACCUAUACCUGCUGCACCUUCACUUUCAGGUCAAAAAUUCCCCGGGCCAUUCUUGCAAACCCAGACACAGUCUCAAGAGGGAGAAGAGCCUGAAAUUGUGCCAGAAUCGUCUCCUGUUCGAGGACAGGAGAACAGCAUGGAAGAAAGUCAGGUGGUAUUUCAGCGACCUCGCGUCCCGGAGUCGGUUCAAGUUGAAUCAUCCCAACCCGUUGCGCAGGCUCACGCCGAAAGGGGCAAUGCUUUAUCACGAAGUCAGCUUCUGACGUCAAGCGUUAUGGAGAGUGUGCCUUUACCUAACUUCUGGAUGGGGAGUCAGGAUAGUGUGGGAGAACCUUAUAGUUAG